AUGUCCUUACGUACAUCAACCUCAAAUGGACGAGUGAAUUCUUUAUCAUUUUCAUAUUAUCAUCCUCAGAUGUCUUCCACAUCAUCAACCUCAACAACCACAACAACAUCAUCCAUCUCACCAGGAGAUAAAAUAGAAUGUCAAAAAUUUCCUAACAAAAAUUAUCAAAAAAAUGUUAAUUCUGGUACAUUAAUAUACUCAACAUCAUCUAAAUCGCAACAAAAUUAUUUUCCUAAAAAUGAUGCAGAAAAAAUUGUUGAAGUAACAAAUUUAUCAACCCCUCCCGCAGGUGGAUUACGUGUAUUCCAACAUUACAUGAAUACGUACAAUGAACCUGACCAAAGAGGAAUUAUUUCUAAUAUUUCAUCAGAUAAAGGUAUAAAUAAAAUGUCAAAAUCAGUAAGUGAAUCAUCGGGAAUAAUGAUAAAAGAAGAUUUAACAAAAAUGAUAGAUGAUAAUAAUAAAACAAAAUUUACCAAAAAUUCAUCUACCUCAUUAUCUUUUCAUAACACUUUACCAUCUAUCAAUCCAUUUAAAGCUACUAGUGCUAGAAAAAGUAAAAUUAAUGAUAAUUUUUUUAUUAUGAAAGAAAGAUUAGAUGAAAAGAUGAAUGAAAAAAAACAGAUUAAUGAAGAUGUACCUAAAAAAAAUGUAUCAUUUCAGUUGACAAGAAUACCAUAUGAUAUGUUGGAGGAAUGUUAUAGACAUGAACAUAAACCAACAGAAUGGAGUGUUAUAACACUUAACAAUGAAACUAAAAAUAUACCCAUAGGUAUAGAAGAUUCUUUUACACCAAUAACUAAAGCUAAUUCAAGAAAGUUAGAUGCAAUAGAAAUUGAUGAUAUAGAAAAAGAUUCAAGAAUAUAUUUAGAUGGUAGAUUUAGAGAAGGUGAUCAUAUUAAAGAAAUUAAUGGUCGACCUGUCUAUCAGAUGAGUUCACAACGUGUCAAAAGUUAUUUUGAAGAAAUGAAAACUAUGGAAAAUCCUUCAUUAACAUUAGAUGUAAAAUAUGAAGAUAUUUUGGAAAGAACAGAAGAAAUUAAAAAUAAAAAUUUAAAAAAUAGUUUUAAGAAAGAUCAAUUGACAGAGAUAGUUACUCCGAUACAAUCAAAAUUACAACAAGUCAAUUCAACACUAAUAAAAAGUAAUGAAAAAGAUAUUGUAUUAAUAAAAGCUAAUAAUGGUUUUGGUUUUAAUGUUACAUCAAGAUAUAAUGCUCAAAAUGAAUGUUUGUUAUAUGUUUCAACUGUUAAAUUAGAUUCUGUUGCGUAUGGAAUUUUAGAGAUUGGUGAUAGAAUAUUAAAAUUAAACAAUGAAUGUUUAAGUGAAAGUAGUCAAAAUCAAUUUGUUUCACAGUUAAAAGCUAUUCCUGUUGGAGAAAAAAUAACUUUAUGUAUAGCUAGAAGUGAUAUUGAUAAGAAAGAAGAUAACAAUAAUGCUAAAGAAGGUAAUUUGUAUGGUAAUAUUAUUGAUAAAAAACAACCAACAAAAACAAUGGGAGAAGGUUUACAUAAAAAUGAUAUCAGUCAAAAUUCGGCAAAUUUUAUAAAUGAAAAAAUUGAAAUUAAAGAUAUUCUUAUACCUUUUAAUUCUACACCAUCAUCAGGAUUAGGGAUAUCAUUAAAGGCAAGAUGUAUACAUAAAGCAAAUGGAGAAAAACAGGAUGUAGGUAUUUUUGUUAAAAAAGCCUUAGUAGGUGGAUCAGCAUAUAAUUCAGGAUUGUUAAAAGAAAAUGAUAGAUUAAUAGGAAUAGAAGGAAUAGAUUUAACAAAAUAUCCAACAAAUAAAAAAGCUUUUGAAACUAUAGCUGAUUGUCUUAAUUCAUUAGAUAAAAAUAAAACACAUGUUAGAUUAAAAAUAUCAAGAAUUGUUAGUAAUGAUAAAACAUCAGAUGAAGAAUCAUUAUCAAAUGUAAAAAUUGAUGUUGUUAGAGAUGAUCAAUACAAUGAUUAUUUUUAUGAACCAAACAAUUUAGUAAGCCCUGCAUUAAUAAGAGCUGAAAAAAAUGGCGUUACAAGUGUUACUGUUAAUGAUCAAGAUUCUGAUUUACCGAUGAAUACUUUUCAAAAUGAAGAUGAUUUAUAUUUUGAUAGGCAAUCAAAAACAAGACAAAGUAUUUCAGAAAAACGUAAAAAUGUUUCUAAUAAUGAUCCUACAAAUCUUGAAGUAUUUCAAAAAAUUAAACAUCUUAGACAAACUUCUGCCCCAACUACUACAUCACAAUCUUUUCCUAAAUAUUCUCCUUUGUUAAACGCAAAGAAAAUUCGAAACAUAGAUUCCUCCACGAAUGUUCCAAUAAACGAAAAGUCAGUCGAUAUCAAUGAAAAAAUUUUAAAAUCAAUUAAUCAAGAUUCUAAUAAAAAUUUCCAAUCUACAACUCCACUUAUUAAUCAAUAUAAACCACAACGUUCACGCUCCUCAGAUAUGACACAUAAAAAAAGUUUUUUUGAAAAAAACAGAAAUGCAGUAACUAUGAAUAAUUUUAAAACACCAUCUCCAAAACAAAACACUCCAGAUAAAAUUAUUAAUAUUGGAUACUCUGAAGUACCAACUAUUGAAAAAUAUGAAAGACAUAUGUACCAGGGUCCAGCCAUACAACCAAAUAUGCCACAAACAUACUCUUUUCAAGUACCAUUUGAAAGUAGAAGAGGAAGUCAAAGAGUACCACCACCUACAUAUUCACAAACUUUAGAUAAAAAAAACAAUUAUAAUAGAUAUACAAUGAUAGAUCCAAGUAUGUCAUACCAUGUAAUGAAACAACCUGUUGUUGCUGUUCCUCAUCAUCAAAAUAUUUUAUAUCAUUCUCCAAUUCCGCCACCAAGAUUUGGAGGAAGAGAAGGAACAAAACAUGAAAUUCAAAUAAACAAUGAUUAUUAUGAUGCAUUCAAUAAUUAUUUUGUUGCCUCUGAAACAUUACCUUUACCUCUUAAUGGAGUUAAGAAAACUAUUGUACCAAAAAUACCAGAAAGGAAUCCUCCAUUUUUUGAAAAAGUAAUUAGUCCACAAACUUUGAAAAAGAAAAAUUUAUAUGAUGGUAGAAGUCAUAGUGUUUUUUACUAUGACACUGUUGCUCCUUCAGAAAUUUUAAAAUCAGAAGUUACUGUAAAAAGAUUUUAA